CGCUGUACGGAAGCCGGCGGUGGCGGGGCUUCAGCACCUCGGCUGCCCUGAGCCGCCGCAGAGCCCCGCUGGGGCCGAUGCCCAACGCGGACAUCGACGUGAGCAACCUGGAGCGGCUGGAAAAGUACCGGAGCUUCGACCGCUACCGGCGCCGGGCGGAGCAGGAGGCGCGGGCCCCACACUGGUGGCGAACCUACCGGGAGCAUUUCGGGGAGGAGACAGAUCCCAAAAACAAGAUUGACAUUGGGCUGCCUCCACCCAAGAUCUGCCGGACACAACAGCUACUGGAACGAAAACAGUUCCUCCGGGAGCUGCGGGCCAAUGUGGAAGAGGAGCGGGCUGCCCGCCUCCGCACAGCCAGCAUCCCGCUGGAGGCCGUGCGGGCCGAGUGGGAGAACACCUGUGGCCCCUACCACAAGCAGCGUCUGGCUGAGUACUACGGCCUCUACCGAGACCUGUUCCACGGGGCCACCUUUGUGCCCCGGGUCCCCCUGCAUGUGGCCUACGCUGUGGGUGAGGAGGACCUGAUGCCCGUGUACCAUGGCAAUGAGGUGACUCCGACAGAGGCUGCCCAGGCCCCAGAGGUGACUUAUGAGGCAGAUGAGGGCUCCCUGUGGACCCUGCUGCUCACCAACUUGGAUGGACACUUGCUGGAGCCAGAUGCCGAGUACAUCCACUGGCUGGUAACCAACAUCCCAGGCAACAGAGUGGCUGAAGGACAGGAGACGUGUCCCUACCUACCCCCCUUCCCCGCCCGAGGCUCCGGCUUCCACCGCUUUGCCUUCCUGCUCUUCAAGCAGGACAAGCCAGUUGACUUCUCCGAGGAUGCCCGCCCCUCACCCUGCUACCAGCUGGCCCAGCGAACCUUCCACACUUUUGAUUUCUACAAGAAACACCAAGAAGCCAUGACUCCAGCUGGCCUGGCCUUCUUCCAGUGCCGCUGGGAUGAGUCGGUCACCCAUAUCUUUCACCAGCUUCUGGACAUGCGGGAGCCCGUGUUUGAGUUUGUGCGGCCGCCCCCUUACCACCCCAAGCAGAAGCGCUUCCCGCACCGGCAGCCCCUGCGCUACCUGGACCGGUACAGGGACAGUCAUGAGCCCACCUAUGGCAUCUACUGAGGGGCCAGAGUGCACCCACCUCGGAGGAACAGUAAAGACGGCUCCAGAGGGCCAAGCUGGGGUUUCUGGGCCCCACCCGAAGCAGCCCCUCAUUGGACCCCUCCCAUCCAGCGCAGGGCUUGGAGUGAAGGGGACUUUCCAGUGACAGGGGUGGGGGAUGUGAAUAAAGAUGACUUUGGCUGUA